GCAAGAUAAAAAGCUGCUGAUAGAAUGUCUUGUCUCUUGGCCCAGCAUUCCUACCACAAUAAACAUAGACUUAUAGAUUGUGACGUUGCCCUACAUAGCUGCAACCAUCAUGAAAGCGACACUCCUCCUCGCGACGUCCGCAGUGCUCGCUCUCAGCAUGCAGUCGGCUGCGGCUAUGGUCAAGUUCACCACCGAGAACCAGCUCCCUAGUCUCUACACUGGGGCUAUGUACAACAAUUUCGUCAGUUCUCAGAACGGUACUAUUGUUGGAGCCGCUGGUAUCAAUAUCCCGUGGAGGUACUUUGCUGCUCCAGGAGGAUCUGUCAACACCAUCGUCCUGGUGAAUGGCCACACGGAGUCGUUCAUCAAAUUCCGCGAGUUGAUCUACGACUUUAACCAGAAUGGUUUCAAUGUUUUUACCUGGGACCACCGUGGCCAAGGUUUCUCCAAACCUCGUCUUGGCUGCCAGCCAGAAACCAUUUCCGACGUUGAUCAAUUCCAGAACUAUGUCGAUGAUAUGCAGACCCUGAUCUCUGUGGUCGCCGCUACCUCUCCUAAAAACUUAUUCCUUUGGGGUCACAGCAUGGGCGGUGGAAUCGGCGCAAUGUAUUUGGAGCAAUACCCCAACACCUUCAAAGCUGCACUUUUGACAGCACCGAUGCUCCAAAUAAAUACCGAUCCCUACUCCAACCUUGUCGCCUUUGGCCUGGCAGGAACCAUUAGCCUCCUUCAAGGCCCCUGUACACUACUCCCUGGGCAGACCGCAACCACCGCGUAUGUUUGGUCUGACGAUGCUUUUGUCGCGGCCAACACCACCAGCAGUCGUGUUAGAUUUAACCUGAAUACGCAAUCAUAUGCCAACUUUCCUGAAGCCCAAAUCGCUGGAAUUGAUGCCCGUUGGAUGACGGAAUCAAUGUCUGCAGUUGCCAAAACGGUUCAAAAUGCCAGGAAAGCCAAGACUCCAAUUCUACUUUAUCAGGCCGGCAUGGAUGCUUACGUCGAACCAGAAGGACAGAACACUUUCUGCCAAGGAAGCCAGGGAUUCCUAGGUAUUAGCGCGUUGGCUGUGCAGCCUGCUCCAAACUGCAACUUGGUGAAAUGGCCUACAUCUCGCCAUGAAAUUUUCAAUGAGGUCGACAGUAUUCGUGGCCCUGCCUUUACUCAAGGAAUCGAAUUUUUCUUGGCCAACGCCAAGUAGAUUUAUGGUGGGUCUCGCUUCAAACGUCCAAAGACAAUAAGGAGGAAGACAUACCGCCUGAUUACCUAUUCCUGACUACCUAUUACCUGCUGCUUGCUACUACGAAUCCAUUAUUGAUUAUCUAUUACUUGAAUCAUUAUAUAACCUAUAACUCACACUUAUGUAACUUAUAUGAUGUUAAUAAAAAACGUUGCCCCAA